AUAAACCUGCAACCCCCACCACCGCCGCCCCUUUCUCGCUUCUCAUUGACUAAUGGAUUUUUCUCUAACCUCUAGACUCUUUCGUAGUGGCACUAACCGUUGACACUUUUUUCUUUUGUAGUUAGCUGCGAAUGCGAGAGAUCGGCCACAGUUUGGCGGAGAAAAUAUAUUCACAGUGGAAAACUCCGAGUUGUAGUCACCAGUUUAGCCUUAGUUUCUGUACCCACCAUCAGAUAGAGUCCAACUAGUUGGAGCUGCUGAUUAACACGAUUUUUUCUGGUAUUUUUCAAAUUUGCAAUAGCCACAUAUAUGCGCAAUUUUGGCGAUUUAUCCUACGGUUGAACUUUUUGCUCUCUGUAAUCCUCUUCUCUUAAUGAUCUUUUUUACUUUUUCACAUUCAAUCAAGUUUAUUUCCUUUUAAAUUAAUUCCAACAGUCAAGUUAAUUAAAUGUCCCUCUAAACGAUUUUACCGCCUCGGAGUCCCCGGUAGUUAAAAAUACGCAAUUGCCAAAGUAAUAAGGGCAAAACUUCUGAGCGAAGACUAUGAAUUGGACCAAUUAGAACUGCGUGGCAAACUCCGAAUGGCGACAAUGAAAGUUGGUCCACAUCUUGUGACCUUUUACGAGCCAAACUUGGCAGAACGAGCGCAGCAGGGAGUGCGUGGAACUGUAGUGACUUUCUCUAAUCUCGCAGUCGCAGAUGUAGCGCGCAAAUUAACCAUAAACCCUUGACUACUAUAUGUGUAUUGUGUCGAGAGCUCAGCCGCCGCAGCACCAAACGUGGCAACCAACUGGCCCGCUUAACCCUCGCGGGAUGUUGCACAGAGUAGAACGAAAAAAAAUUGAAUCCGCCAGAAGAAACCUCUCCCUUUCUCAAUGUGCGUAGCUUGUUUGAACAAAAAUAAUUCCAAUGUAGCCUCUGUUCUCACGAUGAGUUAUGAUUUGUUGGCGUCCAAUUAUUAUUUGCUGCUUUUUGACUGACUAGGCGCUGCAGAGUUUGUUAUUGUUGUUGUUGUUUGGAUAUCACCGCCUGUUUCGCCUACAUGCUUCCUAAAUGCCCCAGGUGCCGCCCAGGUACUCCCACACAACGCCCAGUCACCACCUCUACGCCUUCUCCACUUAUGCGCUACCUGCUUCUGUAACCCUGGCCGCGCUCUCACUCUGUUGAGGUUCCGCGCUUCACCAGGGCAACGUCGCCUGUCACACUGCUGAUGCCGGGCCACUACUCGAUGCCCGCUCUGGCCCACCAGCGGCUGUCCCCGCACGUGCCGUCCAGCAUGCGUUCGGCGGCCGUCAUUUCCGAAAUCAACAGAAUCCAAACCCGCAGCAGACCCAGGGUUGGCAGUGUGCCUUGCGAGGACUUUUUGAACUCACCCGAGAUUACGAAUUUCGAAGAUGAAACGAGAGAAAUCAAAGCGCGCACCCACGAAAUCAUGUCGCGAGUGCGGUCCCCGGUGCCGCGGUCGUACCACGCCGACAUGGUCAUCCCCAAGUCUUUGGAGAGGGACCUCGAUCCUCUGUCGCACUACUCGUACAUCGAGACGAAUGUGUACUCGCCAAUGAGGCAGAUCCACCAGGACAUCAACACCAAGUCCCGCUACGCCGAGCCAGCGAAAGCUUACAUUGGUCGGGGCCACCUGGCGUGCAUCACGUUCGCGGGAGGCAGGCCGAUUGGACGGCGACGUCCCCUUCCCCGCUACGACGAGGACCGCAACGUGAGGGACGACGUCAAGUUCCUGUCGUACUACUCGCGCGCCCGCGGCAACGGCGCCACCGGCACCGACGCCACCAUCGAGAUGGCCAAAGCACUCCUGAUGCCCGAGUCGCGGCGCCUGCUGCCCACCGACGAAAUUUUGCCUCCACCUGCAACCCCCAGGGCACCGGCUUCUGUUAUCGCCCGCAUCGAGCAGUCGCAGCGAGAUAGGAAACGCGCGAGCAAUUUGGACGCCGUGGUGAAAAGGCAACCUGUGCAGAUCACACCGAGCAACACCAAGGAACUGAACCUGGCCAGGGCGCAGUGCGAGGAGGCCCGCGAGGCCGGUCGCCAGGCCAUGGCUGAGUCGAGGGCCGCCGAGCAUCUGACGGACGAGCAGAAGGAGCGGGUCGCCCGCAGGAAGAAGAGGCAGGAUGAUGUGGAGGAGGAGGCGCGCCGCGAGGUGGAGGAGCAGCGGGCCCAUCGCAUGCAGGCGAAGCGUCAGGCGGCGUUGGAGGCCGACAGGGAGCUGCUGGAGGCCGAGGAGCAGAAGCGGGAGGCCGAGGAGCAGAGGCGGGCCGCCGAGGAGGCCGAGCUGAGGAGGCUGCAGGAGGAGGAGGCUGCCCGCAGGAGAGCCGAGAAGGAGAAGGAGGAGCAGCUGAGGAGGCAGCAGGAAGAAGAGGAGAGGAAGGCUCAGGAGGAGGAGGAGAGGAAAAUCCAAGAGGAGCUCCUCGCUGAGGAGGCCCGCGUCGCCGAGGCAGCAAAGAAGGCCAAGGAGACCAAGGCCGCGGCCGAGAAGGCCAAGAAGGCCGCUGAAGAGGCUAGGAAGGCCGAGGAAGCCCGGCUGGCCGAAGAGGCGCGUCUCGCCGAGGAGGCCAAGAAGGCCGAGGAGGCCCGACUGGCGGAGGAGGCGAAGAAGGCCGAAGAGGCCCGCAAGGCUGAGGAGGCCAGACUAGCCGAAGAAGCCGCUGCCAAGGCUGCCGAAGAAGCCGCUGCCAAGGCAGCCGAAGAGGCCAAGCUGGCCGCCGAGGCCGCUGCAUCAGCCGAAGCUGCCGCCGAGGAAGCCGUGGUUGAAGCUGAGGCCCCAGCAGAGCCCGAAGCUCCCGCUGCACCCGCGGAACCAGAAGUUCCAGCCACUCCUGUCGAACCAGAGGAAGUUCCGGAAGCCGCCCCUGCAGAGGAGGUGGCGCCUGCUGAUGAAACCGUCGCAGUCGAAGAGCCCAAGGUGGAGGAGCCCGAGUCGCCCGUGGCCCCCGAGCCAUUGCCGCAGAACGGCCACUCCGAGACGACGAUUGAGGAAGUCGAGAUCCCCGUCGACGGAGAGUCCGAGGACUUGGUGGUGAAGAAGGCGCAAGAGGCCGUCUCCCAAGGCGAGGAGACCGCCUGAUUUGCCGCUCACGACAACUCAUGCCAGCCGCGGCUUCUCUCUGUCUGAUAUCAAAUUCUCUUGCGGAGUAUUGUUAUUUGUUAAUCCGAAAACGAGACAAUCGAUCUUUAUCUGUACGUACGCGUGUAAAUAUCAUAAAUUUACUACUUUGUAAGUAAGGCGUUGUUGUUUUUUAACCCGAUUUACUUAACAGAAAAGGCCCUUUGUGUUGAGCAGCUAUUCAAUUCCCUGUUGUAUGAUAUUGUGUAAAAAGCAAUAAUUAUUACUCCCGCUCGUAAAUAUUUCCCGCUACAUAUUAUAACUUACUAUCACACACAGUAACUAUUUGCAUGCCAGAAAGUUACGCUCAUUUUAUUGCAUCGUUGAUAAACUACUUCGUGUUGUGCGUAUGCUAUAAUUGUUGCUGAAUAGGGCAAAAUUCUGUGCACCUUUAAUCGCAAUAAAGAGCAGCGAAUAAACGCCGAA